AUGUCCAAUUCCGAAGAGCAGCCCCGUGCGAAGAAGACCAAGAGAGAAGCGUUUCCGUUAUCGUGUUUGCCAGAUGAUUUGGUUCUGAACUGCCUUGCUAGAGUCUCGAGACGAGACCUCGCGGCCUUAUCUAUGGUCUCCCAACGCUAUCACUCUCUAGUGGCGUCGACUGAUCUCUACAAGAUCCGAUCGCUGAUUGGUCGCACCGAAACAUACGUCUACGUAUGCUUACGAAUCCCUACUCCUGUUCCAAGCGUGCGAUGGUAUAUCCUCCGCCGUAGAAAAACCCUAGACGCCUCUGAUCUGAUUCAGAUCCCUUCGCUCCCCUCCCAGCCUCUGGAAGCAUCCUCCGUGGUGGUGCUGGAUUGUAGCAUAUAUGUAAUCGGUGGGUUAAUAAAGGGAGAGCAGCGCACUUCAGAUGUCUGGCGCUUGGAUUGUGGGACUCACGUGUGGCACCCUGUCCCUUCCAUGGGAGCGGCUCGAGCUUACGGAGCUGCUGGUGUUGUAGACGGGAAGAUAUACGUGUUUGGAGGCUGUGAUGUCCAUGGUAACUAUGGAGAGGUAUUCGACCGGGAGACUCAGACUUGGAAUCCUUUGCCGCCUAUGCCGAAACGGAAGAAGCAUAUCCACAGCAGUAUGGUGAGGGAUCAAAAGGUUUAUGCGUUGGACGAAAAGGAGAGAACGUUUUACUACUCGCCGAGGGAAGGACUUGUCCACUAUGGUGAUCAGAUUAUUGAUCGUUGGGAAGAAAAGUGGAUCAUGGAUGGUCGACCCCCGUUCAAGAUGCCCAAAUGUUGGAAAAAGUUCAGGUUCGAACGUUUACGUCCAGGUGCCAGAAUGUGCAGCUCCGGCGGGAAGAUUGUGCUUUUCUGGGACAAGAUUUCAUUGGAGGGAUAUCUUCAUCAUAUUUGGUCGGCGGAGAUUUCAUUGGAGAGACUCCAAGGAGGCGAGAUCUGGGGCAACAUUGAACGGUCUAAUAUUCUCAUGCCUGUUGAACCUUUUAAAGCCCCACAAGAAGCCUCUGUCAAUGACAUCUUCCUUCUCUUUGCAACUACUGUUGCUGGAUGUAGUGAAGAAGAUACCGCUGCUGUUGUUUUAUUCUUUUUCUUGGCAUCUCCAGAUGCAGAUUGA